AUGGGCCUUUGCGAUAACCCCGAGAUUGCGGAAGCAUACGAAAACGUUCGUGACGACAAGAGUGAGACCAACUGGCUGCUGCUUGAAUUUGUCGACGACCGCAAGGACGAGCUCAAGGUGGGCGGCACGGGUACAGGUGGUCUUGACGAGCUGAAGACACACCUGAAGGACGACCAGGCGGCGUUCGGAUAUGUCCGCAUGAUCAUGUCCAACGACGAGCUGUCUCAACGCACCAAGUUUGUCUUCAUUUCGUGGUGCGGCGUGGGUACGCGUGUGAUGCGCAAGGCCAAGCUGAGUGUGCAGAAGGGCGAUGUCAAGAAUGUUUUGCGCAGCUUCUCGAUCGAGGUACCGGCCAGCGAGCUUGGAGAGCUUGCCAACGACGAGAUCAUGCUGCUGCUGCGGAAGGCUGGGGGUGCCAACUACGACCGCCAGGCAUCCAACUACUGA